GGUCAAAUACUGUUAAUCUUGCUCUGAAAUUACAAAGUGUUAGGCUUUUUAUUUAAAUCUGUUUCAAUAAAUGAAUGAGGGAUUUUUUGUGGAUUCUCUUUAAGUUAACAGGUUUUUUAAAAAGUCUGACCGGAAGUCUAAUGUCGCAACCCCGAGAGGAAAAAGGAGUUGGGUUCGAGACGGUUCCUCCUCCGUUGCUAAAUAAAAGUUGGUCCUGAAUAGUUUUUAGUCUCGAAAUUAUAGAAAAUAAGCGAGAGAUGGCGCUCACCGAUGCCGACGUACAGAAACAGAUCAAACACAUGAUGGCUUUCAUUGAGCAGGAGGCCAAAGAGAGGGUGGAGGAGAUCGAUGCUAAGGCAGAGGAAGAGUUCAACAUUGAGAAAGGUCGACUGAUGCAGACUCAGCGAGUGAAAAUCAUGGAAUACUACGGGAAGAAGGAGAAGCAGAUUGAACAACAUAAGAAAAUUCAGAUGUCUCACCUGAAGAACCAAGCCAGACUGAAGGUGCUGAAGGCUCGAGAUGACAUGGUUACGGACCUGCUAAAUGAGGCCCGUCAAAGAAUUGCAGACAUGGUGAAAGAUCCGGAAAGGUACUCCAAACUCCUGGAUGGUCUGGUGCUUCAGGCGUUUUAUCAGCUGCUAGAGCCUAAAGUUACCAUCCGCUGCCGACAGCAGGAUGUAGAAAUGGUUCAGGCAGCUGUUGACAAGAACAUCCUUAUCUACAAGGAGGCAGUGAAGAGAAACAUAAUUGUCCGCAUCGAUCAGGAUCAUUUUCUUCCAUCUAAUAUCUGCGGGGGAAUCGAGGUUUAUAACGAGAAUGGGAAGAUCAAGGUCUCCAACACCCUGGAAAGCAGGCUGGAACUCGUGGCACAGCAGAUGAUGCCUGAAAUCAGAGAGACUUUAUUUGGUGCCAACCCCAACCGUAAAUUCUUGGAUUAAUGGCCGAUCAAAGGAGAACAGAGCUGGAAACAUGAAGACAGCAUCUUUACACGAGCCUGUGGGGGCCUUUUUUAUUUUAUUUUAUUUUUUGGACAAACAAAAAUAAAAACUGCUGUGAGAAAUAAUUCAGCUCUUAUGUCCCCCUGGCCUCACAUGUUGAUGUCUGGAGAGCUGCUGUAUAUAAAACUGUUCGAAAAAGAAAACCUCAUCUAAUCCCAAAGAUACCUUCAUCUACUCGACUUUAUACUGUGAAAAUGGCAGCCAAGGUGGUGCUGAUGGGAACCUUUGUGUUUGGAUGUUCUCUUCAUCACAUCUUCAUAUCUAUGUUCAACAACUAAAAGAAAUAAAAUAGGGACACAUUUUGACAUGUUGGAGAUCUCUUUAUUUACAGCUUGUAAACAGUUAUCUUAGGCUAGAUUCUCUCUAAGAACCAGAAAAAUUCUAGGAACAAAAGUCUGUGUUACAUUUAAAUGUAAAAACAAACCAACCUUUUAGUGCCAUCUUGUGGUUUUCAGUAUGGCAG